AAAAAAAAUUCCACGAAAUACAGAGGUUAGUGUUGGGGUGUUGGCCAAUUUUUUUUUUAUAUAUAUUUGUAAAACAAAAUCUUAUGAACGAAGAACAGUCGCAGAGACAGAACUGUGCAGCUUCCCGGUUUCUAAUUUCAAAGAGGAAACCCUGUAAAUGUCUGAAUCAGAGGGGUUUCUCUGAUUGCUCACGAUCAUGUCCGAAGCUUCCGUAUCUUACAGUUGCGGGUCUUGCGGGUAUCCGCUGAAUCUAUCAUCCUCGGAUUAUACGACAUCUUCUAAGGGUAAAAACAAGUCCGGAAAGAAGGGUUCCAUCUCGUUUUCCUCGGCUGAUUUGAGCCGCUUCACACAGGUUGACGAGAUGAACUGUUUCCGCAUCCCUUGGGGCCGAUACGGCUUGAAAACGAAGCUCCUAUGUCGUAAAUGCGGAGUUCUGAUUGGAUAUGGAUAUGGAGUCGGUCCAAUGCUAUGCGGGUUCGACUCAACAAACUCUCAUUCUUCGUCUUACAAAAAGUUUGCGAUAAAGAUCCGAGCUUUACAACCUUCUGAGGCGAUCUGACCGUCGAUUUUUCGCCAUCAAAUGAUCAACUUUGCUUCCUUACUGAUCAUAACUUCUGAAUUUUUCUUCUGCAACUGCUUCAGUUGUCACUGCCGCCAAAGAGGGCAUAGGAGCUAACAUUAACUCUGCAAAUCAAAAGAGGAUUUUCUCCGUUUCUCGAGGUAUUCCCGGAAAUCCAUUAGAAACUGUAAUGCAUUUUCGGGUUUGGAGUUCGUAUAAUGUAGAGAAUGCUUCCUCUGUUAAAGAUCCCUGCAUGUGAUGAUUGUUAAAGAUCCAUACUUGUGAUGAUUUUCUUGGAGACACUGUUGUUGCUAUACAAGAACCGAUAUUUCCUACUUAGAUCAUCGUUCUCCCAGGAUCCAUUCUCGGAAAAUUACACCGACUUUUCUUACAGUUGAUGAUACCGAACUCGCUGUUCGGUUAUGUGCAGAACCGAAAUCUGAAGAGGCAGAGUUCUUGUAAAUGUAAUGAUCAAGAAACAUACUUUUGCAAGUUUUCAAGUGUUAUGAUGA